UCCCCUGUCCCCAUCCCUUGUCCCCUGUCCUUGUCCCCAUCCCCUGUCCCUCGACCCCCGUCCCCUCACGGCCGGCCCCUCAGAGCCAUUCCCCGCCCAGGGCCCGCCCAGAGCCUGAGGGGAAGGCACCGGUCUGAGGGUCCCCGUUGUCCUCCUGAGCAGGAGGGCACCGGGAAAGGGAUAAAUCCCCUUGGAUAUGGAUUCCAGGAACCCCAGGCUGUGCCGGGACACCCCCGGACCUGCCCCGGCCGCUUCCAGCCCCUCAGGGCGCCCUGAGGCGCUGCCCCUCGGCGGGGAGGAGAGCUCCUUCGCAGAGGCAGCGAUGGCGAGCAACGCGCAAAAAUCUGAUGAGAGUGGGAGUAAACGUCAAAGGAUGGAGAAUGAAGCGUCAGAAAAUCCUCAGUUGUCCUUCCUUGACAAAACAGAUUUGGCUCUUUCUGAGGACUCGCAGUCCCUUUACAACACUGAACCACUGGAAAAGGUUUUAAACGAUAUGAGCAAAGAAAUUAUGACCUUGUUAUCAAAAUAUGCUAACAUUAUAAGUGAGACAGCAGCGAUGGAGGCUUCUUGUGUCCAAGAACUGGAAGGAAUCUUAAAAGAAGCGAGGGACAUAGACGAUGACUUAAAGCAGAAAAGGGAGAGUCUGAAACAGAGAUUCACUGUCAUGGCAAACACCCUGCAAGGAUAAAUGGAGUUCGUUCAGCUGCAGAAGUGCAGAGCCAAACUCAAUACAUUUCGUGUAUUCAAACAAACCGUGAUGAGUGUUGUGAUGUCUGGUUCUUAGGUAAAUAUUUAUGGCAUUUCAGGAAACCUUCAACAACUUAAGCAGCGACUUAUUCAUAGUUAGUAAAACCAGUUCUUAAUAUCUGUUUUAAAUCCUGUGACUCCAAGGUUUUCAAACACUGAAACGUAAGGAUUUUACUUGUUAACCCACUGAACAUAGUACAGAAAGUUUCCUAUGAAACAUAAAAUUUUUUAAGUGGAAAAGGACCUCAGAUUAUUUACUUCUAAUCAUUUUCUGGGUUUGUGUUAGUUUUGGGGGUUUUUCCUUUCUACUUUAGAAAAUGUUUUGGUGCUAAAGUCUUUGUAGAAUGUACUUGGAAUCUUAUUUCAAUUUUGUCUCAGAAUACAAAUAGGUUGAAGAGAUCAGCUUAGAAAUAGGAGAGUUCUAUUAAGAAAAAUACUUUGGGAAAUGUAUAAAGUCUUAAAUUGAAAAUGCAUUUAAUACUUGUACAGCUUUUCAUGGCCAUUUUGAUAUAAACAUUAAAGCACACAAUCAAAACUUUGCUGUGAUGUCAAUAAAUAACCAGACAAUAA